UUGCUCUUAUAGGAUACAGUUCACUGUGAAAACUUUCAGUUCCCUUUUGCCAGGGCAAGCGAGAGGUGUAACAAUGUUGCGGACAGAAAGUGUUUUGUUUCUCUUGUUGGUAGACGUGUUGUUUUGUGUACCUCAACAUUUCAGUACGGUGGAAGAUAAAUUAUCAGCGUAUUUGGCAACAGAAUACGAGACAAUGGUUUCCGAAGCGUGCAGGAAAUAUAGUCUAGCGUCCUGGAAUUAUCAGACUGAUGUUGAGAAUAAAACAAAAGUUCAAGAACUUGAAAAUCAGACUCUAGCCUUUGCUGAGUUCGAAAAGGAACAGUGGCAGCAAUAUUUCAGUAACGUUACCUGGGAAGAUUUCGAGGAUGAGACAGUGAAAAGGCAACUCAGAACUUUGUCGGUGCUGGGUGUAUCGGCGCUAGACAAUGCAGAGCUGAGCGAGUUGAAUGGGUGUGAGACUAGAAUGACGACAAUUUACAGCUCUGCUAAGAUCUGCCCCAUUACUAAUGGAACAUGUGAUCUCGCUACAGAGGGCCUGUCACUAGAUCCAGACCUUGAAGGAAUCAUGUCUACAUCCCGAGAUUACGUAACUUUGUUGUAUACAUGGUUCAUGUGGAGAGAAGUGUCAGGCGCCAAAAUGAGGGAAGAUUACAAGAAGUAUGUGGAGCUGAGCAACUUGGCAGCCAAUAAGAACGGCUUUAGUGACAACGGAGAGAUGUGGCGAUACGAGUUUGAGUCGGAAAAUUUUGUUGAAGACAUGAUGAAGCUGUGGACGCAGGUGGAGCCACUGUACUUGGAACUACACACGUUUGUGAGACGCAAGUUGAAGGACUUCUACGGGAAUUUUAUUAGUGACAAUGACAACUACAUCCCGGCGCAUCUUCUGGGCAACAUGUGGGCUCAGAGUUGGGAGAACAUUUACGAUAUUGUGAAGCCUUUCCCUAAUGCUACCGGUGUCGAUGUUACGAAGUCUCUCAAUGAUCAGGGUUAUAGACCUCUUAAGAUGUUUCAAGUAUCGGACGAAUUCUACAAGUCUCUGGGACUGCCAGAGAACAGCAUGUCGUACGACGAAAGUGUGGCACUGAUUGAGAAACCUGAGGAUGGAAGAGUUGUGGUCUGCCACGCCUCAGCAUGGGACUUUUGCGACAGGCGUGACUUCAGGAUCAAGAUGUGCACUAAAGUGAACAUGGAGGACUUCAUAACUAUUCAUCACGAGAUGGGUCACAUCCAGUAUUACAUCCAGUACAAGGAUCAGCCCUAUGCCCUGCGGGCAGGAGCCAAUCCAGGUUUCCAUGAGGCUGUCGGUGACACCAUUGCUCUUUCUGUGGCUACGCCUCAACACUUGCAGAAAAUUGGACUUCUAGAGGACUACGCUGAUACAGAGGAAGACAACAUUAACGCGCUCAUGCAAAUCGCGCUGCAGAAGGUUGCCUUCCUCCCAUUUGGCCUUUUGAUUGACAUGUGGCGGUGGGACGUUUUUAGCGGAAAAGUUAACGAGUCACAAUGGAACGCACAUUGGUGGAGUCUAAGGGAGUCAAUCCAGAAGGUGAAGGCCCCAGGACCAAGAUCUGAGUUAUAUUUUGACCCUGGUGCAAAGUAUCACGUACCAGCAAAUUCACAGUACAUCUCAUACUUCGUGGCACACAUCCUGCAGUUUCAAUUCCACAAGUCAUUGUGCAUCGCUGCCGGAGAGUAUGAACCCAACAACCCUGACAAACCUCUUCAUAAGUGCGAUAUCUACAACUCGGCGGAAGCCGGACAACUCUUGAGGGAUGGGUUGAGUCCCGGAAGUUCCCGCCAUUGGAGGGAGGCUCUGUUCGUAAUGACCGGCGAGCGAGAAAUGAAUGGCGCUGCCCUACUGGAAUAUUUCCAACCGCUCUACGAAUUUUUGAAGGCGGAAAACGACGAUGGAAGCACCACAGCCGCGGGCACUUCCACUACCAGUGGUAACUACAACUCGAACACCGAGGAAGACACAGACCAAACAGUGCCCAUUGUCAUUGGUGCUGUUCUUUUAGCUGUUGUUGUGGUAGUAAUUGUCGGUUAUCUGAUUUUCAGAAGGCGUGCAGCAAAGAGAAAUGAAUCUGUAUAAACUUGUCAGCUCUAUUAAUGCAACGGCGACGGGGUCAUUAUUGUAACAAAAAACGAACGGAAUGUGAAAUACACUCACCCAAGUAUUAAAUCACGAGAAGAUGCAUUUUUUUUCUGAUUCUUUAAUUCUCUGCUCGUUACUCAGGACUACGUCUAUUCUGAUACGAUAUUUGAAUUUCACGCAUUUUACGAGUGUAUUUCAAAGGGUUAAAAGUGAAUAAAAUAUACGCAUAAAUUAAUGUUUUGUUCGCGUAAUUUAACAAAUUCUUUAAGAAGGCUGUCUUCUGGGUUGUAGCGCCGUCUGGUACACGUAUACCAACGUUUCAGAGUUCCUUGCCACCCCCGUCAUCGGCGCUACAACCCCGAUAAGACGACCGUCUUCAUACUCGCCACCGUGAGAACCACAAUUUCUACUCACCAAUUCUUCGUAGUUAAAUGUUUCCAAAUAGCGUUAGGCAGAUAUAUAAAAUCACACAUACAAAUAAGACUGUUUACAAUUUUUUUUGUAUGCGUGAUUUUAUAUAUCAGUAAACUGAACGGUGUGCAAAGUUUUGAGGUUAGGCAGAUGCGUUAGAAACUUAAAACAUCAGUGAAUUUUCGUAGUUAAAGACUGAACGUUAGUGUAACAAUGCGGUUAUUACAUACAUUAAAUUCUGUGUUGUUUUUUAAAUACUUUCCUUUUUGGGUUGACAAUAAAUAGGCCAGAUUUCGACAGCUUCCAUAAUUUCUUAUCUGUAAUGCGAUUGUUGGUAUGUAAAGUGACUAAGCAAAUUACCAUAAGACAUUACGCUAUCUGCUUUGUGACUCACUUGGUAUCUUUGGUGUCUGUUUCUUUUGUUAUGUGUGUCUAUAGGGAUAAAAUUGGAACGACAGACGUACGGCACAGCCGUGUCGAGAUGGCGAAUUUCGCUGUCCGCCUUAAAUAUUUUCAUGAUAGAAAUACACAUAAAUAAAUAAAUAAAUAUAUAUGUAAACAGAAAAUAUGUGCCAAAUUUUACUUGUAUAUAACCAUUAAUUAACUUUCAAUACUAAGUAUAGGAACAGUAUAAUAAAUCAUUUAAUAAGGUUAAUUUACCAUUUCAUGUUGUGAAUUGCUAUAAGUCGAGAAUUAGUCUUACAGCUGUGAAAUUAAAUGCGGAAAUAUGUUGAUAGCAGAACGCAGAACUCCCUUUUUCGAAUACCGGCGUGUUUCCUACAAAACAGCAGCGUUUUGGUUUGUUAUUAAAUUGACUACAGAUUUUAUAGUUUCAUGUUCUGCUAUAGAAAUUCUGAAUAUUAAAUACGAUAAUCGGUUGCACGAACAAAUACCUUGUUACAAAUUUAUAGUUUCUACAGUUUGACAAUACGUGAAUCAGUGAAUGUAAUCUAUAUUAAUAAGAUGUUAAGAUGUACAGUUAUUCAAAUAAAAGAUCGAUAUCUCUAUUAACACUUUCGCGUUUUCUGUAGUACAAACAAAUUGUUUGGAAAAUUUGAAAUUAAACAAGCCUCGCCUUUUUUUUAAUUCAAUCCAAUUUCGAUUGUACUACAUAUAUUUCGAUGGUAGGAAAAUAAAUAUGGAUUUACUUCAGAAAUAUGAAAUGUAAUUUAUAUCAGUUAAUUGUAUUGCGUAACUUUCAGUUGUCUGUACUUGAUAAAAGUACGUAUGUUGCUGAGAAGGGAACAUGGUUGUAUAGGCUUAUAUAAGGCUUUCAUGAAACUUGAGGUCACUACAAGAAGCUCAGAUUAAAUUACUGUUAUUAUAAUUAUGUAUUAUUAUUUCUGACAGAAAAUAUGGCCCAGAAAUAUUUACGAAGUUCGAGUAAAGGGUUGUACAUAUAAGUAACAAUUCAAGUAUUGAUAUUUGUUAAUGUAUCACGAAUUAAAUCUACUUAAAUUUGUAAGAUACUCUUGUGUAGAUGGUUUUCAAGAAUUAGAAAGUGUAUUAACUCUUUAUUAAAAUUUCUUAUCGAUGUUAA